AACAGCCCCCGUCCCGUGCGUGGGGCACCUUAGUGGUGGCUGGCUGGUGGUCAAAGAGAGAGAGGAGAGGAGAGGAGAGGAGAGCAUCGCAUCGCAUGGCAGAGAAUUUGCAUUUUGGCUGGGCGGAGUCAGGCUUGAAUGGGACUUUGUUUUCUCUCCUAGGGAGCACAUCGGGAUUUGCUCGACUGCAUGGGAAAGAACGAAAGAGAAAGAGUGUGUGAAAUAGUACAAGUGAACGUGCCGUCAUGGAGCGCACAGCUUUCGCUUGGAAGCACGUCCAGCCUUGGCCGAGAGCAGCGCGGAGGAGCGAGUGGCUCCGGAGCGCCUUGGCCCACCAUCACUGCCCCGAUCCCGGCGUGGAGAACGAGAUCGUCGUUCUGGCCACCGGAAUAGACCAGUACUUGCAAGAGGUCUUCCACCAUCUUGCCUAUCCCAACCGCGACGAUUGUGUGUCGGCGGAGGACUUCAGCACCCUCUGCGCCGUGCUCGGUGUCACCGGAGCCCAGAAGAGCAUUCAAGGAACCGGGGCCAGCGGAGCCCAGAGGAGCACUCAGGGAACCGGGGCCACCGGAGCCCAGAAGAGCAUUGAAGGAACCGGAGCCACCGGAGCCCAGAAGAGCAUUCAAGGAACCGGGGCUGCUGCUGCUGCUGCUGCUGCUGCCGCCGCUGCCGCCGCCGCUGCAGAAGGCGACGAAGACGAGCAAGAGUUCAUCGACGUAUGCGCCGGGCUGCCUUGUCAGAUGACUUUUAAGGACUUUCAUUCGCGUCUGUGCGGCUUCUUUCGCGUGCGCUCUGCGCCAAGAGGCUCGUCCUCCGGGCCCGGGGAAUGUGUGUGGCGGCUGCCCGUUACCGAGGAGACGGAGCUGGUGGAGAGACACAUCAGGCUUCGGUGGCCUCGUGUGAGAAGGAGAAAAUUGGUCACUUUUGAUCGAACAAGGAAUCACAACAGAUCCCCAGCUGGCCGAACUCCUGACGAGACUUCUUCGGACGAGUUAGCAGCGUUGAGGGAGUUGGUGGAGGACCUCCGAUCGGCGCUGCAAGGUAGCGACGCUCGCUGCUUGGCCCUGGAAGUGGCUCUGAGACGAGAGAGGGCACGCUCACAGUCGGCGGCUCCCGUCGGCGUUUCGUCGCGAGCAGCUUCCGUUUCCCUCAUCCCCACACGGCGGAUUAAAGGACAGCUCAAUGUCGCUGGAGGAAAUGCUGGGAGGAGGUUUGGCAGAAAAUGGGACAUGAGGGAGCCGCUUUUAAGAGAGUUGCAGCUGAUCCGCUCCUCACGUGACGGACAGCUGGAGGAGGCCAUCAAGUUCAACCAACGUCUGGAGGAGGAGCUGCGAUGGGCAUACCAGGAAGUGAGCAAGCUUCAAGGGGCGGAGUCUGCGCUCAGGAGGGAGAACAUCCACAUUAGGCGGCGAGCGGAGGAAGCCAGGGAGGCUUUGAGCUUGGGCCUGGAGCGGGUGCGAAGGAUUCAGGAACAAGCCCAGUCUGUGCCGCAACUCCAGUCCAAGAUCAGCCAGCUGGAGAAUGAACUGCAGCAGUACAGGUCCGGCUGCAGUUGUCUUCCAAAAGGAGACGAAUUAUGCGCUAAGACAGAUGCCGAGUGUCUGCAGAGAGCAGUGGAGGGAAGAGCCGCCUCUGACGAAGAGGAGGCGGCUGACCAAGGACAACGCUGCCUAUCUGAGGCGAAGAAGCACAUCAGGCCAUGGCACGGAUGGCCCAAAGGGUCUUCGCCCAGUCACGUGGUCUUGUUGAAGGGCCGCUUGCACGGCAGCGCUGAUUCGAAAGGCAACAUCGGACGCUGCGCCCGGAAGGGACAAAAGCAAGCGGCAAGCAGCCAAGGCUCUGAGGACAACAGGCCGGAGGAAAGGGCAGAGAGAAGGGAGAGCGUGUCUUUGACGGAAGGAAAGUUCAGAGAGGCCCUUAUGUCACUUCUGGAGUUACGCAAUAAGAAUUUAGCCCGCCGGGAGCUGGGAAGCAUCGUGAUAUGUGAUCACAUGUGCACUGGUGGAGACGGUCCAUCCCAGGUAUUGCAGGUCGCUGAUGCCCUCUAUGUGCAGUUAUCUUCCACUGAUCAUAUUAGGGAAGAAGGUGAGGCCAAAGGAGGCGAGAGGGAAGGCAAAUCGGCAGGGCAUCAAACUAGCAGCAGCAGCAGCAGCAGCAGCAGCAGCAGCAGCCCGCUGGUCAUCUCCUGCUAAUUAAGCGCAACUCUUUUUUUCUCUUCUGCUUUUGCAGCAACGUAGUAAAUGUUAUCAAAUCUCUAUACAAUGUUGAGUUUUCUUCCUAUGGGCAUUUUCUCGAGUUAGAAAGGGGCAUUUGCGCCGUUGUGGAAGUGAGCACAGCCAACUUGAGUCCCAACCGAUGGAGGCGGCUCCUUUCACUUUCUACUGUACACAAAGUACUUUCCUCAGUACUGCAUAAACGUUGCCCGCCGCGCAGUCGGUCGGCACUGGGAGACAAUGCCCCCAAGCAAGGUUUUUAAUGGCUUUAAACAGCUCAUUCCAUAUCAAUCGUGUCAAUGUACACAAGUGAAUUGUGUGUGUCCAUUUUCUAGCAGCAUACAGUGGAUGAGUCAAUGACAGAAAAGUGUUUUUGAACGCUGCUAUAUUUGUGAUACAUUCCCAACAUAAAAUCACUGUGACUAAUAAAUGUUCAACUUCAUUCAAAA